GGUGAUGCGCGACGGUGUUCGACAAUCGUUCGGAAGAAUUAUUGGAAGCAUUUUGUGUGGCGAGGAAGCAGUUAUUGAACGAUGAAUGCCAGACGAGUUAUAAUUGAUGUCGAUGUGGGCACCGACGAUGCAGUGGCCAUUCUGCUGUUCCUCGAGGCCGAUAAAUUGGGAGAAAUUAAGAUCGAGGCGUUUAUCUGCACGAAAGGAAACGCCUCAUUGGAUAACGUCUGCAGAAAUCUGGUCAGACUGUUGGAAUAUGCCGAUCGCACGGACAUUCCGGUCUUCAGGGGAAGUUUUCAUCAGAUUUUGCCGCUGCAAAAUACGCAUUCAGUGUUUCACGGAAACGACGGAUUCGGCGAUCUAAAAUAUCAAGAAGAACCGGACCUCAACAUAAUUAAGAAAGACAUAGCCUCAGUGGGUAUGCAGAAUAUUGUGUCGAAGAAUCCGGGCGAAAUUUCGCUGAUUUGCUUAGGACCUUUAACUAAUGCGGCGAUCACCAUGAGGAUGUUCGAUGAUUUUUCUAGGAAUCUGAAGGACAUGUAUAUUAUGGGUGGCAAUAUUCACGGCGUCGGUAACACGACUCAAUCGGCGGAAUUCAAUUUCUUCAUAGAUCCUGAAGCGGCGAGCAUCGUUUUCGAUUGCGCUCAGUGUCCAAUCUAUUUGCUGCCUUGGGAGACUUGCAAAUCGUCAACUAUAACAUUUAAAUGGCGUUACGAAGUUUUGGGCAAAAUGGGUGGAAAACUGUGGAAACUAAUCGACAGUGCAGAGAAAUCCGUUUAUGGUGAACCGACUAAGCAGGAAAUCUGGAUGCCGUGCGAUGCGUUUUUGGCAUUGAGUUUCCUGCAUCCGCAGAAAGCCGUAGUUAAGUCGCGAAAAGAGCACGUUUCCAUCGAACUUCACGGAAGGAAGACCAGAGGUCAAGCGGUUCUCGAUCAUUUGAGUCAGAACCAGGCGAAUGCAGUUCUCAUAGAAGAAGUGAACAAUACAUUGAUGAAAGAGAUUCUAAUGAGAGCGUGCCAGAAUGUAUGACCCCUGUAUCAACAUAUG